GCUUGGUUUGUUGUCACCCCUCGUCGAGCCUCGCACGAAGCUGGCGAUCGAUGGAAGAGAAUACUGUUCCCUACGCGAAUCGACCAGAAUGGGCGGACGUUACACCUAUCGAACAGCACGAGAAUGACCAGCCUCUGGCUCCAAUUCAUUACACUGCUGAAUAUAAAGACGCUACGGAUUAUUUUCGUGGGAUCGUCGAGACCGGAGAGAAGAGCGAACGUGUUUUAGAGCUCACCCAAAACAUCAUAAACAUGAACCCAGCUCACUAUUCAGUCUGGCAAUAUCGCUAUGAAACCCUCCUCGCCCUCGAUUCUGAUCUGGAAGCUGAACUUCAACAAAUGAAUCAAGUGGCCAUCGACCACCUUAAAACAUACCAAGUUUGGCACCAUCGACGUCUUCUGAUGACCCGCAUUCGCAAACCCGUGCCCGAAUUACGGUUCAUAGCUUCGUCGUUCAGCACGGAUGGCAAAAACUAUCAUACAUGGAGCUAUCGACAAUGGCUACUGGCGUAUUUCAAUGAAGACGAAUUGUGGAAGGGGGAACUGGACUUUGUGGAUCAAAUGCUGAAUCUAGACAUCAGGAAUAAUUCUGCCUGGCAUCAUAGGUUCUUCAUCGUGUUUGAGAGUGGCAUCAGAGAAGGAGAGGCGAACAGGGAGAGAGUUUUGAAACGAGAGCUCAUGUAUCUGGUUUUCGUUUCAAUCCAGGAAAACAAUUUACUGAGAGACCAACAGAUUCGUCAAGCAAAAUAUCUCUCUUGCACCCAACAAUCCCUCGGCGUGGAACUACCUCCGAGGAAUUCUAGAAUAUUCAAGUCUUCCCUUUUCUGAAGUGAAAGACUUUGUUCACUCGUACAUACUCCCCCACAACCCCGAUUCACCUGGGGAACUUGUUGAUCUAGAAAAUCCUCCGCCUUCAAAAGAGGCCGCUCUUCCCUGCCCGCAGGCGAUUGAAUUCAUGGCAGACAUAUAUGAAUCCCAAGGUGGCUCAGAGGGUAUUCUGAAGGCGACAGAGUUGUGGAAAUCACUUGGAAGCGAACACGACACUAUAAGAAAGAAGUAUUGGGAAUAUCGUAUAAGAGAAGCGUUGCGAACGAUUCAAUCAUAAACCGAAGAGUUCAAGUUGGCUGCUGUUCGGGAACAGUUUUACGAUGUAGUUAGGGAUCCAUGAUGUCAAAUAUCAUCCUGAUUCUCUGCAUCGCAUCGACAGUAUAGUUGGUUUCA